CAAAUGUACUCCUGGAUAGUCAUGGCGGACUGCAGGAAUGGGAGAAGAAACGACAACGUUAACAGGACACCGGGAGGAUACUAUGUGGAUUGCUUUACUAUUAUCAAGGCACCGAAAAGAUUAGUUUAGGGAGAUCGCAACGAGGGAGGGGGGAGCAAAGAUACCCUCGCUUUCCCCGUUUCCUAUGAAGCCCUAGCCAAAAGGAAGCAUUCCGAGGUUCCUUUUUCCUUGCUUUUGCGUGUGAUUCUCAAGGGGCGCCUGCCUUGUGAUUCCUGUCCUCGGCGUUUCCGCGCAAAAAGGUGCUGCCUUUGGGUAUGUUUGCUUGUGGUUUUGCUGCGUUCUUGAUGUGCCUGUUCAGUGGAUUUACAAGCCCAUUUGUCUCUUCAAGAGAGAACCCUGCAUUGUGAUUCUUGUUUCUCUGCGUUUACGGGAAAAAGGAGCUGCCUUUCGAUUUGGGGUAAUGAUGCACGCUCCAUCCAAUAAGAGAACUGCAGCAGAAAACGGGGAUGGAGGGAUUGAUGUGGUCCUCAUGCGGUCGCUCGGAAAUGGGGAGGAUUUAGGCCCCAUUGUUAGGUAUGCUUUUGAGUGUGGAAAACCUGAGGCCCUCUUGCACCAACUCAGGAAUGUUGUUAGGAAGAAGGAAGUGGAGAUUGAAGAACUGUGCAAACUUCAUUACGAUGAAUUCAUCCUUGCAGUUGAUGAGUUACGGGGUGUGUUGGUUGAUGCUUAUGAUCUCAAGAGCUCUCUAUCAAGUGAGAAUUUACGGCUACAAGAGGUGGCAAGUGCACUUCUGUUGAAGCUCGAUGAGCUCCUUGAGUUGUACUUGAUUAAGAAAAAUGUCACAGAGGCCAUACAAACGUUGAAGGUAUGUGUGCAGGUCUCAAAACUAUGCUUGGCUUGCAACAUGCAUGUUGCAAACAAUCGGUUCUACCCUGCACUGAAGAUCUUGGACUUGAUCGAGAAAGAUUACCUACAAAACACUCCACUUAAGGCCCUGAGGAAGGUGAUUGACAAGCAAAUACCUGCAAUUAAGCUGCACAUAGAGAAAAAAGUGUGCAGUGAGUUCAAUGAUUGGCUUCUUCACAUAAGGAGCAUAGCAAAGGAGAUUGGGCAGUUGGGUAUAGGACAGGCUGCUUCGGCCCGUCAAGGGGAUGAGGAAAAGCGGGCUCACCAGAGGGAAGCUGAAGAGCAGAGUCGAUCUGGUGUUAAUCCUGUGUAUGCAUUGGACUGUGAGAAUAUUGAUGAAGAUUCAGUGCUAGAGUUUGACCUGGCUCCUUUAUAUCGUUCGCACCAUAUACACACAUGCUUGGGCAUCCAAGAAAAAUUUUGUGAGUACUAUUACAAUAACCGGCUAAUGCAGCUGAAUUUAGACCUGCAGAUCUCGUCAGCACUGCCCUUCCUUGAAUCUCAUCAACCCUUCUUUGCACAGAUUGCUGGGUUUUUCAUCGUGGAAGCUCAAGUUCUGCGAACUUCUAGGGGGUUGUUGUCGGAGAGUCAGGUGGAGAGUUUAUGGGAUUCAGCUAUGUCAAAGAUGAAAUCUGUUCUAGAGGAUCAGUUCUCUCAUACGAACACAGCAAACCACCUUCUACUCAUCAAAGACUUUGUUACUCUUUUUGGUGCCACUCUUUUGCGUCAUGGGUACCAGGUAACACCUUUGCUUGAGGUUCUUGAUAACAGCAGAGACAAGUACCAUGAACUUCUCCUUAGUGAAUGCCGCAAGCAAAUAGGAGACAUCCUCGCAAGUGAUACGUUUGAACAGAUGGUGAUAAAGAAAGAGUAUGAGUACAAUAUGAAUGUGGUGUCAUUUCAUCUUCAGUCCUCGGAUACAGUGCCAGCUUUUCCAUUUAUUGCACCAUUCUCUUCCUCUGUUCCAGAUGCAUGUCGUGUAGUGCGUUCCUUUAUUGAGGACUCAGUUAGCUAUCUAUCAUAUGGAGGUCAUAUCAACUUUUAUGAUGUUCUAAAGAAAUAUCUCGACAAGCUUAUGAUUGAUGUGCUGAAUGAAGCUCUGUUGAGCAUGAUCCAUACUGGUAAUUUAGGUGUAUCACAGGCAAUGCAAAUUGCAGCCAACAUAGCUGUUCUUGAGCACACUUGUGAUCUUUUCCUGUGGCAGGCUGCCCAACUUUGCUCAGUCCCAUUACACUUAGUUGAGAGGCCUCAUGCUGGAUUGACUGCUAAGGCUGUUUUUAAGGCAUCGCAGAAUGCUGCCUAUAAUGCAUUGUUGAAUGUGGUUGAUUCUAAGUUGGAUGAGUACCUUGCCCUCAUGAACAGCAUCAAUUGGACAGCUGAUGAAGCCCCCGAACAUGCAAAUGAUUACAUUCAUGAAGUUGUUAUUUAUCUUGACUUAUUGAUCUCUACUGCUCAGCAGAUUUUGCCUUUAGAUGCUCUUUACAAAGUUGGGGUUGGUGCAUUGCAUCAUAUUUCUGAUUCGAUUGUGGCAACUUUUCUUAGUGAGAGUUUAAAGAGGUUCAACCUCAAUGCCAUCAUUGGCAUUGACAAUGAUCUGAAAAUGUUAGAAGCCUUUGCAGAUGAAAGAUUUCAAAGCACAGGUCUGAGCGAUUUAAAGAGGGAUUGCAUUUUCAGAGAUUGUUUAGUAGAAUCGAGGCAGUUGGUGAACCUUUUACUGAGCAAUCAGCCUGAUGAUUUCGUGGAUCCUGUUAUAAGAGAGAAAGAUUAUGGUGCUCUGGACUACAAGAAGGUUGCAACUAUCUGUGAAAAGUUAAAGGAUUCACCAGAUAGGUUGUUUGGGAGCCUUUCUAACCGGAAUGCAAAGCAAAAUUCUCGGAAGAAGUCAAUGGACACGUUGAAAAGGAGGCUGAAAGAUUUCAGUUGAAUUGAUCAUGCGGUCGGGAUAUGUCAUCAUGUUAUGGAUUUAUAGACUCCCUGUAGAACUUUUUUUUUUUUUUCGUUUCUUGAAUGUUGUGAUUAUCUACUUAAUUCAAGUUCAAUCAUUCAGAACCUCCAUUAAGUUACCAUAAGAAAUUAGUAUGCAACACAUUAGUUUCAA